AUGAUUCAAAGUGCACGUACAAAACGUAGAAAAAUUAAGAAUGAGAUUGACAUAAUAAUUGAAAGUAAUUUGUAUGAAACUAAUAAUUGUGAAGUACUAAAUGCUGAAAAUGAAAUGUAUAAUAAAAGUGAAAUUAAAUCUAAUGUAUCUCAUCAAUCAAUUAAUAAUGACGUAUCAUCAACUAACUUCAGUUCAACAUCAACAGUGAAAGCUGAUUUGGCAAAUAUAAUAUUACCACAAGAUACUAUUUUUAGUGAGAUUCCAACAUUAGAUAAAACAGUUUCUGAACAAAAUAAUAUUCAUAAUAGUCGUCUAAAUAAUCUUACUCCUGAUCUUAUAAUCUUGGACUUUUUGUCUAACUGGGCCACAACAUUUAAUAUACCACAGAAUGCUGUUAGUGGAUUAUUAAAAGGUUUAAAAAAACAUACAUGUUUUAGUCACUUUCCAGUUGAUUGCAGAACACUUUUAGACACACCUAAACAGACAUCAUUUAAUAUUCAAUCUGUAAAACCAGGAUCAUACUUUCACUUUGGUUUAGAAAAAGGUAUAUUAAGAUAUGCGUCAUCAGAUUUAAAAUCAAUUAAAUUGGCAAUUGGUAUAGAUGGAUUACCCAUAUCAAAAAGUAGUGGAGGACAACUUUGGCCUAUUAUGGCUUAUAUUAUUACUCAUCUCCCUUUACCUAAAAAAGUUUUUCCUGUGGGAAUAUAUUAUGGUUUUGAAAAACCCAAAGACAGUAAUGAGUUUCUAUUAGAUUUUGUAAAUGAAGCAGUUAAUCUUAUUAAUAAUGGAAUUAAUUUAAAUAAUGUUCAUUUAGAAGUUUCCAUAAAUAGAAUUUGCUGUGACACUCCAGCAAAAUCUUUUAUUUUAAAAAUUAAGGGUCAUUCGGGUUUUUCAUCUUGUACAAGAUGUUGUAUAGAAGGUGAAUAUACAAAUAAUAGAGUUUGUUUUCCUUAUUCAUGCAUCAAAUCUAUGGUAAGAACUCAUGAAGAUUAUUUAUCCGGAUUAGAUGAAGAUUAUCAUAUUUCUUCUGAAUCCAAGUCAAAUUUAAUAGAACUGCCCAAUUUCGAUGUUGUAAAAUCAUUUCCUUUGGACUAUAUGCACCUGGUUUGUCUUGGGGUUAUGAAGAAAUUGUUACUUCUGUGGAUUAAUAAAGGUCCUCUAACAGUUCGAAUCCGUGCCAAGAAAAUGGACGAAUUAUCAAAUUUGCUUUUGUCUUUAAAUACCUGUUUACCAUCUGAUUUUGCACGAAAAAUAAGGGGUAUACAGGAAAUUAUGCGCUGGAAAGCUACCGAAUAUCGUAUGUUUUUGUUAUAUUUAGGACCUAUUGUACUGAAAACAGUUCAAAAUGAAGAAUGUUAUAAUCAUUUUAUGAUAUUAAGUAUCUCAAUGAUAAUACUACUAAGUCCUGAUUAUAAAUAUUUAAUUGGAUAUGCUCGUAAAUUAUUAGAUUAUUUUGUACAUAAAUUCCAACUAAUUUAUGGAAAUCAUUUAAUAUCACAUAAUAUCCAUGGCCUCCUUCAUAUAUGUGAUGAUUAUGAUCAGUAUGGCCCUCUAGAUAGUUGUAGUUGUUUUGUAUUUGAAAAUUAUAUGAAAGAAUUAAAAUCAUUGAUUAGAAAUCAUGAAAUGCCUUUACAGCAAAUUGUUAACCGGUAUUUUGAAAAGUAUUCUAAUGCAAAUGAUAAUAUUAAUAUAAAAGAUACUAAUACUUCAAAACAAAUUUUUGCUGAAAACCCUGUCCUUCAAAAAAUUCAUACAAAUGGUCCAUUAAUUGAAAAUGUAAGAGGACUUCAAUACUAUAACUUAUCAUUCCAAAGUAUAAAAAUUAAAAUUAAAAAAGAAAAUGAUUGUUUUAUUUUAACAAAAGACAAGAAAGUUGUAAAAUGCCUUAAUAUUAUAGCCAAUGACGGUGAAAUAUUAAUUUUGGGAAAAUAUUUUAAGUCAGUUUUGCCAUUCUUCAGUGAACCAAUUGAUUCUUCUAAAUUAGAUAUAUUUUUAGUUGAAAAUCUCUCAGAUAAUAUAAGAAGUUGGAAAAUGUCUGACAUUAGUAAAAAAGUUAUGAUUUUAAAAAAUGAAAAUCAGUUAGUGGCUAUGCCCAUUUUACAUUCGUCUAUUUAA